AUGUGCCAAACUGCUCAUAAAGAUAUCUCUAAAUGUCUAAUCUCUCCAGAGGAGCUGUCUGUCAGACAGGUGGGCAGGAAGCUGACAGUCAGUGGGAAGUCCGAGAAGAAGCAGGAGGACGGGAAAGACUCCUACUCUUACAGACUCCAGCAGUUCAGACAGGAGUUUGAUCUGCCUGAAGGAGUGAACCCUGAAACCGUCACCUGCUACCUGUCUCCAGACGGAAAAAUCCACAUCCAGGAAAGCAAAGCUCCAAGUGUUGAGGAGGCUGAGAGAGAGCUGACUAUCAAGAGGAGCUCAGAGGAGGAAACCCAGCAGAGUGUGUGUUCACAGACAGAAGACAGCAGAGCAGAGAUACACAACUGAUCCCAGAACUAACCUGCAGACAUGGACUUGAUGUCUUAGUCAGGAAUGUUUUAUUUUCAU